AUGAGUACGCAGUACGUCUACACAGUAGACUCUCUAGACCCUGCCACUCUGGAGUCUGACGGGACUGCGGAAGAGUCUGAGUCUGACAGCAAUGAUGAGAUGGAAGAGGGGCCGAGGAACGACAAUGAGGCGAAAAGUCUGCCGAACAUGAGCCACCGUUGCUGUUCCUUCCCGCAGCACUGCUCGUUCCUCUUCCCAAUGGAAACCAAGGAUGAUGGCUGGAUUGCUGGUGGUGGCACGACAGAUGCCGGCAAGGGGACGGCGUUUCUUUUAGCUUCCACCUUCUCCUUUUCCUUGCCGGCGCGUCCAUCCAUCGCCGCCGCAACAUUCCCCUUGAAGGCAGUCCGUCAUUGA